AGCAUUGAAUACAAGGAAAAUGUGAUUGCCGCAUUCCUCCACCUUGCUUUUCAAAACUCAAGUCUGAGAAAUCUCUCUCUCUCUGUUCUACAAUGUCUGGGCUGUCCAUCUUCGUGGCCUUUCUCCUCCUCUUCCCCUUGAUUCCCUGCUCUACCGCCCUUACAACCAUCUUCAAUUUCACUUCCUUUGCAGAUGGCGACCAACUCAUAAAACGUCUUGGCAACACCUUUGUCACCAUGUCUAACGCCCUCGAGCUCACGUCCAAUGUUACGGCCAGCAGCGGCAGCAGCGGCAUCGGUUGGGCAGUCUACAAUCAGCCAAUUACGCUUUACGAUCUUGCCACCGGAUUUGCGGCGGACUUCCAAAGCAUUUUCAGCUUUGAAAUAAUCCCCGCCAACAACACCUGCACCGGCGACGGCCUUGCCUUCUUCAUCGCCCAUGCCAGCUGGACUGAGAACAAAUGGUUAGGUGGUGAAGGUCUUGGCCUCUUCAACACAACCUUGGGCGCCGUCAACAGACAAAUCAUCGGUAUAGAGUUUGAUACCUACGGGAAUGACUUUGAUCCGAGCGGAAACCAUAUGGGGAUCGAUGUUAACUCUUCCAACUCCACCGUGACCAAGGAUUGGACGCCGGACGAUUCCCGAUCGUUGAACGGAACUGCCUUUGUCGAGUACAACACGGAAACGGGGACUCUCAGCUCGCUUUUGAUAUACGGGAACGCUACCCACCCAUUAAAGAUAUCCUUAGACAUUAACAUCACCACUGUCCUCCCGGAGACCGUCGUCGUUGGCUUCUCGGCAGCAACAGGAUAUUGCCUCGAAGCCCACCGGAUUAAGGCAUGGAGUUUCUCAGCUACCGUCCCCGCACCAGCCAUCACCCCCACACCUGCUACCGCCCCCAGCCCUACGCCAGAUACCGCUUCCAAGUUGCCGCAAACCACGGCGGUUAAGCAAAAUAAGACGGUCUACAUCCUGGUGGCUUUUUUUAUUCCUCUAUUUAUCGCUGUUGUAAUUGUAAUAAUUCUAGUCAUUAUAAGAUUGAGGAAAAAGUCUACCGGAAGGUUGGAGGAGGAGGAGGAAGAUGAAGAGGAGGAAAAUGGUUUUGCCGAUGUGGCGAUGAAUUUCCAGACAGGUCCCAGGAAAUUCACAUACACAGACCUCGCUGCAGCAACUAAUGACUUCAGUGAAGAAGGGAAGCUCGGGCAAGGUGGGUUUGGUGGUGUCUACAGGGGUAUCUUGAGGGAUACCAAUGAAGUGGUGGCAGUGAAGCGAUUUUCUAAAGGGUCGAACCAGGGCAAAAAAGAAUAUGUGGCAGAGGUGACUGUGAUCAGCCGGUUGCGCCACCGCAACCUCGUGAGGCUGAUUGGAUGGUGCCACGAACGGGGCGAGUUCUUGCUUGUCUAUGAAUAUAUGGAGGGCGGGAGUCUGGAUUCACAUCUCUUUAGCAAGAAAGAUUGCGGAGUCUUGCCCUGGUCUCAACGGAGAAAGGUGGUGCUCGGCCUGGCGUCUGCAGUGUCGUACCUGCAUGAGGAGUGGGAGCAGUGCAUUGUUCACCGUGAUAUCAAGUUGAGCAACAUCAUGCUCGACUCUGAGUUCAAUGCUCGUCUAGGUGACUUUGGGCUGGCUAGACUGACGAACCAUGGGUUAGCUACGAAGACAACGGUGCUUGCUGGAACGUUGGGUUACUUGGCGCCAGAGUGCGUGAUUGCGGGCAAAGUCAGCACUGAGAGCGAUGUGUAUAGCUUCGGAGUGGUACUGCUCGAAAUCGCAACCGGUCGGAGGGCCACUCGACCGAUCAGUGAGAAAGGGGCACGUCUGGUGGAGUGGAUUUGGGAGCUUUACGGUAAUGGUUCUUUCAUGACGGCUGUGGAUGAGAGGUUGGGAUCCGAAUUCGAUCAACAGGAGAUAGAGAGGACGAUCGUGGUGGGCCUGUGGUGUGUGCACCCUGACCCUGAGAGGAGGCCGACGAUGAGGGAGGCAAUUAGAGUGCUGAGCUUUCAGGCUGGGGUCCCAAACCUCCCGCGGAAGAUGCCGACGCUGGUCUAUGCGCAGCCUAUGGACGAGGGAAUUGGUUCUCUGUUCACCACCAGCGGAAGUGAGACGACGGCAACGUCGACGACGGUCUCAUAAAUGGAGUCGGCAGAGGUAGCUCUCUUGCCGUCACGAGGGUAGCCCUGUCUGGCAAGCAGCUGGCAAAAAUGGCAGCAGCCGGUGCUCCACAACCAGGUCUCUCGAAUUGUACUCUUCUGUCAAUAGUAAAAGGUUACCGCGACUUUAUUCUGGAUUUUGUGGAAAAUGCCUAUUAUGAGUUCAUCUGUAUUGUGAUGGUUAGAAUUUAUUUCUGAGAUAAAAUAAUAUUUCUAAGAGCUCCUGAGCGAUCUCUG